AUUAUCAUUGAUCAUAAUUUGUUUUGUAAAUUAUUUCUAAUGACAAAUAGACUUGUCCUCGUGUCUUGUUUUAUGUCAACAACAAAAUUACCGGAUUUAACAUUUUGCUCUAAUCCAGGACCAUAUUGUGAUACUAUAAUAUUAAUCAUUUGAACAAUUAAAAAAAAAAUAAAUUAAUGAACACGCAAUGGAGUAUAUUUAAAAAUGAAACAUAAUUCUUGCAAAUGGAAUUGGGUUUUUCCAUUUUGUUUCGAAACUAAAGGGAAUGAGUUUUGAGAGACGAGGUAUAUUUUUUUACCUGUGCGUACAUUGAGGCGAAUUAAUGGAUGGUCCGAUGACACAGCAGCUUGAUAUAAAGAGACAGUGCCUGGCAUUCAACAUUAACAGUCACUUUGUGAUCGUGUGUACGUUGUGAUCGAAGAUAUCUGUUGUUUAUAUCUAACUUAAACAACCAAAACAGACGAUGUUGAAAUUUUUUUUAGCUUCAAUCAUUCUGGGAUUAUUGGGUCUCCAGCCAGCAAAUACACAGGACUCAUGUAUAAAUCCAAUUGGACAAAAUGGAUUGUGUAUAAAUAUAAGAAAUUGUCAACCACUAAUGCAACUUCUUCGUACACAUGGAAAUACAGUUGGUCAAUUUUUACGAAGUUCAGUUUGUGGUUUUGAAAAUAGAGAUCCAAAAGUUUGUUGUCCAAUUGUAUCAAAUGAUUAUGAUGAUGGUAAUAAUAACAACAAUAAUAACAAUAAUAAUAGACCACCGAUUCAAGAAUAUGAAGAACCAACUCCAGUUGUGACAAAACCACCACUAAGACAAAUACCACAAUCUUCAUAUGGACCACUUUUUAGUCCACAAUGUGGAAUUGUCAAUGGAACAAUGUAUCCAAAAGUUGUUAAUGGUGUUCCAGCAAAAUUGGGUGAUUGGCCUUGGGUUGUUGCACUUGGUUAUCGUUCACAAAAAAAUCCAAAUCGUCCAUUAUGGAAAUGUGGUGGUAGUUUAAUAUCAUCACGACAUGUAUUAACAGCUGGUCAUUGUAUUUAUCAACGUAGAGAUCUUUAUAUAAUACGUCUUGGAGAUCUUGAUUUAAAUGAUGAAAUAAAUGAUGGUGCAUCACCAGUUGACAUUCUCAUUGAAAAAGCUGAUAUUCAUCCACAAUAUAGUUCAACACAAUUUACAAAUGAUAUUGGUAUAAUAAAACUUCAACAAGAUGUACAAUUUACACCACUUAUACAGCCAAUUUGUCUACCAUUUCCAGAACAAUUUCAAACUUAUAAUUAUGUUAACACAAGACCAUUUAUUGCUGGAUGGGGUUCUGUUUAUUUCAGAGGACCAUCUGCUACACAUCUUCAGUAUACCCAACUACCAGUUAGAGAUACAGCUGAGUGUAAACAAAUAUUAGCACGUUUUAAAACUGUUAUUGAUGAUCGUGUUAUUUGUGCUGGAUGGGUUGAUGGAGGACAAGAUGCUUGUCAAGGUGACAGUGGUGGUCCAUUAAUGUUUCCUCAUAAUUUUGUUUAUUAUGCAAUUGGUGUUGUAUCAUAUGGUUACAAAUGUGCUGAGAAAGACACUCCUGCAGUUUACACAAGAACAAGUGCAUUUUUGGACUGGAUUGCAGCUCAUUUAAACUGAGACAAAAAAUUAUAAACUUUUUUUCUUUCCAAAUAUAAGUAUAAAUAUAUUUUUUUUUUACUUUUUACAACCGAAUUGAUAUUAACGAUGUAUCUUUAUCAAGUCCCAUUUGUCUCUGUGAUUUAUUUAAUACCCAAUAAUAAUAAUAAUAAUAGUAAUAAAAUAAUUGUGAAACAUUAAUUGGUCUAUUAAAUUUUUUUCACCGGAUACACAUUGUUAAUUUUAAAAUUGCUUUAUAAUUAUUAUUUAUAAGAAAAAUAAAUAAAUAAUAAUAAUUUUAUAAUAAAUAUUAACUAAUAUAAUUAUGAUUAUUAAUGUAUGAAAAAAAAAAAAAUUUACUAAAAUGUUUAUAAAAAAAUAAAGAGAUGAUACUUUGUUUAUUUGUAAAA